AUCAAUUUCACCAUUUCCGUCAAUGCGACGACGAUUCCAAUCGUUCUCUUCACUUGCUUCAAGUCCACUAUAUUCGUCAAUUCUGCGGUUUCCAUCGUUCUUGUAGUUUCCGUCGGUUUCACGAUUUUCAUCGAUCCCACCGUUUUCGUCAAUCUUGCGAGUUUCAUCGUCCGUCAUUUCCGUUGGUUGACGAUUUCCGUCAAUUCCACCAUUCUUGUCUAAUUGACAAUUUCAAUUCAUGCUUUAAUUUUUGUGAAAUUCAUUAGUUCCGUCAAUUCUGACAAAUUUUGUCGGUUCAUUAUGUCUGUCAAUUCCACGAUUUUCGUCAAUUUCACUAUUACCGUCCCCAGCAAACACGUUUGUAUCAUUUAUGUACAUAUGACGUAUUCCACGAGCUAUAUCCAUGAUGAAUCUGAAUUACGUGGAUAUGAUGUAUUUGACUCGUCAUUUCCAUCUAUAAUAUGUAUCGGCGAAGGAUUUGUGCCAUGUGAAAAUGAUGUCGAUGGAAGACGUAAAUAUCACGCUUCUAUGGACACAUAUUCACGCGUUGUAUGAAUACGACAUACCAGUGAUAUACCAUUGUUCAUAUCACAUACACAUGGCUUCUGAUUCGUUAAUAUUACGUUCCACCCGUGCAUCCUAAAUUACAUAGAUUCUACAGUGAUGUCGGUAUAUUACAUUUACAUGAUUCAUGUGACUAUCGAUGAAUGAGUUAUUAUCCGUUCGUAAGAAUAAAAAGACGCAUGCAGCAAUCAAUUGAAUAUAUUUAUAUACGUCGACAGUAUGGCUGUAUAAUAGUUGUUGGGGGUAUUCAUUGCAAAUGUAAUUUCUCAAUCUCUCUAAUCGGAAAACUACAUAUAUAUUUGAAAAGUUUGUUAGAUGUUUAUCAUUUCUAGCUUUUUCGUUUAAAAUUCGCAUUUUGCUAUUAUAGGUUACGAAUAGAUCACCAAAAGAUCUGAUUCACAUUCAAUUCUUGUGUAUCAUACAUGACUACAUUCAUGAAGCUGCAGUAAACCGGCAAUAAUUGAAAACUUUUAUAAAAGGAUUUGGUAUUUGGAAUUUCUCAAGAUAGUCGUACUACUUCCGUUGAUUUUUUAUGUUAUCAGAAUUUAAUCGCACACUAGAAAACCAGCACGUAAAAUUCAGCGAUGCCAAAUUAAAAAAAGAUGACAUUGCAAAUGUGUCGAGUCGACACAAAAAGCUCAUCAUUUUGCGUAAUUUGAAUAAAAUUAAAGCCACAAAAAAUCAAAAUUAUACUCCUGUUGAAGUCGUAGAAAACCAUAAUGAUGUGACUGAACAAUCAAGCUCUUCUACUAAUACUAUCAAUGAGAGACUAGAAAUUAUACGCGAAUGUGGAUCAAACAGUAUGACUGAAAGUACUGAUACGAGUUAUUUUCAUGACAUGGAAGUAAGAGAAGCUUUCGGGCCACAUUUUUCUGAAUCGGAAAUAAACAAAAAUGCACCUAAUUCUAUCGGCAAUGUUGAAAUCCAAACUAUCGACCGCAAAUUGUCGUUGAGUUUGGAAAUUCGCAGGUGGGCUGUAUCUAAUUGCAUAAAUCAUAAUCAUUUGACUGAAUUAUUACAAAUAUUGCAUAAUCAUGGACACUCUGAUCUUCCGUUGUCCUCAAGAACAUUCUUAGGUACUCAACGACAACUAACACUCACAGACAUGAAUCCAGGCCAAUAUUACCAUUUCGGAUUAGCCCAUGGCUUAUUCCAAAGUCUACAAAGGUACUACCUGCCUGAAAAAUACCCUUCGGAAAUAAAAUGCGAUGUUAAUAUUGAUGGACCACCUAUUUCAAAAAGCUCUGGCAGUCAACUGUGGCCAAUAUUGGCCUCGAUAUGUACAGACUUUUACACUGAGCCUUUUAUUUUGGGUAUUUAUCGUGGUUAUGAGAAACCACACGAUCGUAACGAAAUUUCUACAAAAUUUCGUGGACGAGGCUAAGAAGUUUUGUGAGAAUGGUUUGCUCUGCGGGAAUAAGACUAUUUCUGUGACAAUUAAUGCAUUCAUUUGUGAUGCUCCUGCAAAAGCGUUUAUUACCGGAGUCAAAGGUCACAAUGUGUAUUUCGGCUGUGGAAAAUGCAUAGAAGAGGGAGAAUAUGUAGAAAAUCGAGUGACUUAUCCAGAAAUCAAUGCUCGACUGAGAACAGAUACCUCCUUUAGAUCGAAGCUGCAGGAAGAACACCAUAAAAAAAUAAGUAUCCUCGAAGAGCUUCAUAUCGAUAUGGUCAACAAUUUUCCUCUGGAUUGGAUGCACCUAGUAUGCUUAGGUGUCGUGAAAAAAUUGCAACAGUUUUAUGUGAGAGGAAGAAAAGAUAUACGAAUUUCGAAGGUUCAUUUACAGAAAAUCACAGAGUAUUUAUUGGCAAUUAAAAAAGCAAUGCCGAAAGAGUUUGCACAUAAACCUAAAGCCUUGGAAGAAAUAGACCGCUUCAAAGCAACCGAGCUUCGCCAAUUGUUGCUAUACACAGGACCAAUUGUAUACCAAAAAUAUUUUCCCCGAGAUAAAUACGUUCACUUUUCGUGUCUCCGUAUUGGUAUCAGAAUUUUAGCUAGUCAAGAUUAUUGCGUUGAUUCACUAGACUAUGCCCGAAACUUGCUCCUGUAUUUUGUUGAAAAUUAUCAAAAAUUAUAUGGUCCUGAAUUCAUGUCUUUCAAUGUACAUAAUUUGAUUCACUUAUCUGAUGAUGUAGCAAGACAAGGUCCAUUAGAUUAUUUAGCGCAUUUAAGUACGAAAAUCAUAUGCAGAAGCUAGAGAGAAAAUUGAAAACAUCUGGAAAACCUUCGCAACAGCUUGUAAAGCGAACUCAUGAAUCCAAUAAUGCAAGUAAUCUACAUUGUGCGAAAGAAAAAUUUCCCGUGAUCAGAUAUUCCAAGCAUAAGACUUCGACCGGGAUAAAAAAUAUCAAGUGCAUACAGUUCGACGGAUUUUUGUUAAGUACAAAAAAUGCUGACAGCUGCUGUGAUUUAAGAAAUGGGAAGACGCUGAAAGUAACUGGAAUCACAAGAAAAGAAUGGGAAAUAUAUAUAUGUCGAAAAGAAUACGUAAAUAAUAAAUCACUGUUUACUGUGCCAUGCGACUCUUUGAAUUUUGGAAUAAAAGUUGUGGAAGAAGCAGCUUUCAAAACAGUGGAAGUAGGCAUAUCUGAGAUCAAAAGAAAAUGUGUAAAACUAAAAUUAAAUAGUGAUGAAAGUUGCAUUAUGCCAAUGCUUCAUGAAAAUAAUGCCUAAUGAAUAAAAAAUAAUGAUAUAAUUAUAGUUAGUACGGGUUGUCAUUACAUGAAGAUUCUUAAAGACUAAUCGUGGGCAAUAAUUUGUUCGGUGACUUGAGUAGAUUCAAUUCAAAUUAUGCGUACACUCAAGACCACCACCACCAUCGAUAUAUGGACUGCGCUAUCCCAUAUGAUAUAUCCGGUCAUUUCCGGUCAGGUCAGCAUGCAUUAGCAUGAUUUCGCACGCUUUCUGUGUCGCCAUGUGAGCAUCUGAGAUUCAACACGUGAUGGACUUGAUUAAUUACAAAACUGAUCAAAGCGCAAGUCCGUCUACUUCCUGAUACUGUGGGGGCAUUUUCGAUACAUUGGAUUGCUCAGAAGAAGAAAUUUUAACUACCAUUCCAGUGAUCCAAAAAAAUCCUGCGACAUCGACAGCUCAAAUAACCUCAAUUCAAGCGUUAUUGACACGAUUCAAGGUAUGACAAGGAAAAAAAAUUUUUAGCUAUCCCGAAAAUUUCGAAAGUUUAUAAAAAUUGAUUUUAUAUCAGGAAAAUUUUGACCGUGUGAAAUGUUAGACUCAAGUCGUAGUCUCUUACAAGAAUACAUCUACGUUCAUCUCAACUAACAUAAUUCAAUUUUAAUUCACGGUUAUUAUCGCAGUUGUCGGUUUAAUCGUCGCGUUUUUUUUCUAAUCAGCAUAAGAUUUGGCGAUUUUCCAUUUAUUGUUUUUUCUUUUAAAACAUUUUUAAAAUUCGUGAGGAUCUAUUCUACAUCGAUACAGCCAAUUGUGAAUUAACGAAAUUAUACAUAUGUUAUUGAAUGAAAUAUUUAUCAAAAAAAACGAAAUAUUUUUAUUGAUUGUCAAAUUCUGUUUCAAUUUUUUGAAUUAUAAAUUCACAAAAUUUUCGAUUUUUAUAAAUAUAUGAUUACAAAAAAAAGCAAAUCGUUAAUGUCUGAAUAAGAUGUAUUUUUGCAAUCGAAAUUCAAUUUGAUACAUUAAUUUAUCAAUUUUACUUCAAAGUUCCUUCACCAUGCCAAAUACAAAAUAUGCAGUGGUCUCAUUCGUGAAUGACAAUGCUGCAAGCGAGGAAGAGAUUGCAUCUGAAAUUCCAAUUGAAUGGUUGCCAGCUGAUGAAAAAAAGUGUGGUGGCCCAAGGUCAAAAACGUGAAUAUAUUUAUUUCAAAAAGCAUUCUCCCAGAAGUUGAUGACCCAAAGUGGGAAUUACAUGAUGUGGAGUGUCAUGGUUUUUUCGGUUAAAUUGAAAAUUUCAAUUUUAUUGUAAAUACUUGUUUAACCAUUCAGAGCUGAAAUGGCCAAUUUUGAAUUUCAGCAUCUGAACCUAGACUUGAAAGGAUUGUUUUUACCAUUAAACGUUUUAGACUCAAACUUAUAACUGUUGUAUUAGCUGAGUACUCCUUUUAUUCUUUGGUCGAUCAGUUCAAACUCCAAAAAUAACUUUUUUUUCAACAUGAAUAACUUAUUUAUUGUCGAUAUAAUAUUUGAAAUAAAAUCGAAAUAAGUGAACCAAAAUUAAUAGAAUCAAAUAAAAAAAAAACAAAUAACUCGACUACAAAAAAUAUGUUUAUCUGUUUAUAUUGGUAUCAAAUGUUUUGAUAUGUUGUUCCUUAUUUUCUUGAUUUGAUUUGGGAAUAAAUUUUGAAUCAUUAAUUUUCAUAUUUGACUAAAAAUUUACAGAAACUUUGGAAACCGCCCGAAAAAGGGCCGAAAAUAGUUACUCUUCAAGUGAUGAAAGCAUGAAAAAUUAUAGUCGUACACUUCGAAAGAAAGUUGUAAGAACAGCCAGCCCGAUUGCAGAGUCAGAUACUGAUGAUGACAUUAUGAAUAUACUGUUACGUCCGAUCGGCUUAGUUUUGUUUGGGAUGGAUCUUACGUGAACAGGAGUGUGUGUGUCUCGAUUUUUUGGGUCCAAGUGCUUCACCUGGGACUCGAGACCAGUGCAAAGUUGGA